AUGACUGAGUUUAGGGGGAGGCAGCCAUGUGAUACCUUAAGGCAAUGUCGUUUGCCCGGUGCAUAUCAGGCUUAUCAUCCCAGUUUCAAACACUUAAAAUCUGUUAGUGUACAGAAAGGCCACUUUGCUGUUUAUGUUGGAGAGACCAAAAAGAAACGAUAUGUGAUUUCCGAUCUCGUAUUCAGGACAUCUUUCGUUUCAAAAUUUGCUAAAUCAGGCGGAAGAAGAGUUCGGGUUUCAUCAUCCAGUGGGUGGUCUCCCAAUCCCAUGCAGAGAGGAAAUCUUCAUUGA